GAUAAACAUUAGGUGUGUUUGUUUGCUAAAGGGUCUAGUGUACAGGCCAGGCCAGUAUAAAGCUUCAUAGUUAGAGGCAGCGGUCUGUGACCAUGAUGGAGUGCGGCAUACUCUGCGCACUACUGUUCCUGAUCAGCACCUGCUAUUCCCAACCACAAUGUACUCUAAUAACUCCCAGUGUACUCCAUGUGGAGAACAAUGAGAUUAUCGUUUUAGAUGCACAAGGGCACAACUCUUCUUUUGAUGCUGAAAUCAGUAUCCAAACUUUUCCAAGAAAAACUGUUCUCCUUUCUCAUGCUAAAGUCUCCUUAAACAAGCACAAUGGAUUUAUGGGAACAGUCACAAUAAAGGUUCCCUUUAGACAUUUUCGGCAAGAACAAGAACAAUAUGUGUAUGUCACUGCCAAAUCCCCAUUGUGUACUUUGGAAAAAGUCAUUCUGGUGUCAUUUCAAAGUGGAUACAUCUUCAUACAAAGCAACUUUGGUAUCUACACCCCAGGAUCUCAUGUUCUUGUUCACAUUUUCUCCAUGAACAACAAUCUGCAACCAAAAAUCAACGCCCUUAGAGCAGAAAUCCUGAAUCCGGAUGGAGCCACUGAGUGGACUGAUGUAUUUUACCGUAGCAAUUCUGGCAUUACAUCUGCGUCCUAUAGAAUACCUGACGCGGUAAGUCUUGGGACAUGGACCAUCUUAGCCUACUUUGAAGGGUUCCCGCAACACACAUUUUCUACGAAUUUUGAGGUCAAGGAAUAUGUUUUGCCCAGAUUUGAAGUUAGCUUGAAGCCAGAAAAAAAUGUUUAUUCUAUUGAUGAUAAAGAAUUUCGGGUGCAAAUUGUUGCUCGGUAUCUGUUUGGGAAGCCUGUGAAUGGAAAAGCAUUUGUGCUGUUUGGGGUGAAGUCCGGCGAUCAAACACAAAUCUUAAAGAAUUCUCUGAAAAGGGUUGAGAUUACUAAAGGGAAUGGACAAGCAGUGAUGAAACAAGAGGACCUUCUAAAGUAUUUCCCCUAUCUGGAGAGUGUUGUGGGAAACCAAUUAUACGUCACUGUCACUGUCAUCACUGACUCAGGAAGUGAUAUUGUUGAAGCUCAGCUGGAGAAUAUUUUUAUUGUGACGUCUCCUUAUAAAAUCCUUUUCACUAAAACUCCCAAGUAUUUCAAGCCUGGUCUGCCCUACGACCUUCUGGUCUAUGUUACAAAUCCAGAUGGUUCUCCUGCAGUUGGGGUCCCCGUAGUGGCUAAACCAUUUAAUAUUAGAGGAAUCACCAAAGAAGAGGGAAUUGUAAGACUAAAACUGAGCACACGUUCAGAUGCAGGCGCUCUGCUUAUAACCGUGGGCACCGAGCACCGAUCUCUGGCUGAAAACCGCCAGGCCACAGCAUCCCUGACUGUUACACCCUACAGAUCUUCAGCUGGGCCCAGUAACUACUUGCACAUUUCAGUCUCGGACUACAAGCUGACGAUUUAUGAUAAUGCUGGAAUCAGCUUCCAUAUCCACAAUGGGGAUCCUGGGGUUCAGAAGCAGAUUCAGCACAUCACUUACCUGGUCCUGAGCAAGGGAACAAUUGUAAGUGUUCAAAGAUUGAACUGGUUGCAGGGUCAAACUUUUCUCUCAGUGUCAAUACCAGUGACAAUGUCCUUAAUGCCAUCCUUCCGUAUUGUGGCAUAUUAUAUGGUGGUGACUGCUGCUGGACGUGAGAUUGUGUCAGAUUCUGUCUGGUUGGAAGUGGUGGACUCCUGCGCUGGAAAGUUGGAAGUGACAGGUGCCAGAGAUGAGGACAAUAACAUCCAGCAUCCGGGGAAUAUGGUGAAACUAAAGCUGAAGGCAGACUACAAGGCUGAAGUUGGACUUGCGAUUGUAGACAAGAGAUUGAAUUGGAUUAGUAUGAAGUAUCGUCUCUCUCAGAGUAAGGUGUGGAGCACUGUGGCUAAGUCAGACACUGGCUGCUCUCCGGGGAGUGGUGCUGACACUGCUGGAGUGUUUUAUGAUGCUGGAUUGUCACUAAAGACAAACUUCAAGAUGGAGACUGCCCACAGAUCAGAGAUAUUUUGUAAGAUCCUGGGAAAGCGAAACCGCCGUUCAUUACAAAAUGAAAAUAAAAAAGAUGGUAAAAUUGGCUUCGUUUUUGAUGAUAUUAAAAUCAGGACAGCAUAUGUAGAGACCUUGUUCUGGAGAGUGGAAAAACUUAAUGAAAGACCUAAUGCUAGUGGAAUUUCUACCAAGACCAUGAGUGCUUUCUUGAAUGAUAGAAUCACCACAUGGGAAGUGCUGGCUGUGAGCUUGUCUGAAACCAAAGGUCUUUGUGUUUCCCAGCCGUAUGAGAUUGUGGUUGCUAAGGAUUUUUUUAUAGACUUGAAGCUACCAUAUUCUGUUUUAAGGAAUGAACAGGUCGAGAUUCAGGCGAUUGUGUAUAACUACAUGAAUAGAGAAAUUAAGGUACGACUAGAGCUGUCACACAACGAUGACCUCUGCAUUGUGUCCAUGAAUAAAACGUUCUACCAGGAAGUGCUUGUGGAGCCAUUCGCUUCUGUGACGGUUCCGUACGUCCUUGUGCCACUCACAUUGGGUCUGCAUGACGUGGAAGUUAAGGCAGGUGUCUAUGGAAUAUAUAUGGCAGAUGUUGUCAGAAAGAGGUUGAACGUUGUGCCAGCAGGAAUCCUUGUUAUACAAAAUAUAAAAUCAGCUACUCUGGAGCCAGAGACGAAGGGAAAAGAUGGGGUACAGGAAGAAAGAAUCCCAAUUGUAGAUGCUGAGAACAUUUUGCCACAGUCGGAAAUUCUCACCAUCAUCACUGUCAAAGGGUAUGAAAAAAGUAAGAUUUUUAAUGCCAUAAUUGGAGCUUAUGACCUGAGCAGCCUGCUGAUAAAGCCAUCAGGAUCUGGAGAAGAAAAUAUAAUGAAGAUGGCCUACAGUACAUUUACCACAUAUUAUUUAGACACAGUUGGAGAUUGGGGCCAAGUUGGUGCAAACAAAAUAUUAGAGGCCAUUGAGUACAUUACAAUGGGUUAUCACCAGCAGCUGCGUUAUCGUAAAUCAGAUGGCUCCUAUGGAACUUCCACUGGUGUAUCAAGCACAUGGCUCACGGCUUAUGUUGUCAAAGUGUUUUUAGUGGCCUACCAAGUACAUAUUGACUUUGGUCUUUUGUGUGAUGAAAUAAAGUGGUUGAUACUGGAGAAGCAGAGGCCAGAUGGAAAUUUUAAAGAGGACAAGGCUGUCCUAGCUAAGCAGAUGAUGGGUGGAGUGAGUGGAUCUCAGGAACAGGACAUCACACUUUCAUCUUUCAUCCUCAUUGUUAUAUUGGAGAGUAAAAGAAUAUGUGAUGUGCACGUCAAUAACCUACACUACAGCAUUGAAAGGGCAUCAAACUUCCUGUUGCGCCAUUAUCCAACCCUGCGCACACCAUAUUCAGUUGCGAUCACCUCAUAUGCCCUCAGUUUGGCAAAUAAAUUAGAAGACCCAAAGACACUACUGAAGGCUGCUACAGACAACACUCACUGGGCAGAUCAGAGCUCCAGUUUGGUAACAGUAGAGGCCACAUCUUAUGCACUUCUUGCCCUUCUGCGCAUGAAGCGGUUGGAUCUCGCAAGGCCCGUUGCACGCUGGCUGACUGAUCAGACGUUUAACGGAAAAGUAGACCAUGAAUCGUUGCAGGCAACCACAAUGAGGCUCCAGGCUUUAGCCAAGUAUGAGAUCAGCACUCCUCUUGAUAACUGGGAUAUGAGCGUCACAAUUGACUUUCCAAUGUCAUACCUAGUACCGAUUUCAUUCCAUAUAACUAAGGAAAAUUACAAGCAAAGAAAAACUGCAAGGACACAUGCAAAUAAAGAAAUGGUGGUGAGGGCACAAGGGAAAGGACAAGCCUCUCUGACUGUGUCUGCCAGUUAUUACACACCCAUGACAGAAAAGGACAAAGAGUGCAAUAACUUUGAUGUUUUCGUGACAGCAGAGAGGGAUCCAACAGCUCAAAGGCCUAAAGGUGCAAAGGAGACCGUGUCUAUCACUGUAUGCGUCAGACACCUAAAAUUUGUUGAGGCCACAAUGUCCGUUAUAGAUGUUUCCAUGCUGACAGGCUUCACUCCUGAUGUCGGUGAACUUUAUAAGCUCAUGAAGGAAGAGAUCAGUUCUGUUUCCAAGUUUGAACUCAACAAGGGAGCAUCAGCACGGAGCAACGUCAUUAUUUAUAUGGAUAAGAUAUCUCACAUUAUGGAAGAAUGCCUGACAUUUCAUGCACAUAAAUUUUUUGAUGUGGGCCUGAUUCAGCCUGCGUCUGCAACAGUCUAUGAAUAUUCCAGCCCAGAAAAUCGCUGCACAAAAUUCUAUCACAUGGAAAAGGACAGCGCACAAUUGAAGACAAUCUGCUAUGAAGGCGUGUGCCGAUGUGUAGAGGGUCCAACAGAAGAGUGUUUCAUGCCACACACCAAGGCCACAAGUAAUUCCCGACUGAAAAAAGUGUGUCAGGAAGAUACCAGCUAUGCAUACAAGGUGACACUUGAUGACCUACAGACCACUGAGCAGUAUGACAAAUAUGUCAUGAUGAUAAAAACUGUCCUUAAAGAUGGCACUGAGGAGCACCCUGAGGGUAAGAAACGUAAUUUUAUCAGCCACAAGACAUGUCGGGAAGCCUUAAAUCUGAAGAUUGGGCAAGAUUACCUGAUCUGGGGCAGUAGUGUGGACUUCCUAACAGAACAGUCACAAUAUGCCUACCUGAUUGGGAGGAACACAUGGAUCGAAUGGUGGCCAAAUGAGUCAGAGUGUCAAAAACUCAAUAACUUUCAGCUUUGUGAGGAUUUGUCUAACUUGUCUGAAUCACUUACUUUCUUUGGCUGUCUUGACUGAAGAUACUUCAUAUAGGCACCCAAUACAGUGCUGUGCCACCUCUAGUGUAUCCAAUAAAAUAACUAUCAGUCUUACUUACUAUUAAAAUACA